AUGCCAACAGACACAGACCUUGGGUUCUUCGCAACAGACGUUUCGUUCGCGGAUAAAUCCGCAAUCGUAACCGGCUCCAGUCGCGGCAUCGGACGGGCAAUCGCAAUUGAACUGGCGCGGCAAGGUGCUGACGUGCUUAUCAACUACAACCAAAACCGUGAUGCCGCCGAAUCCGUACAACAGGAGGUUACAGCACUCGGUAGAAAAGCGGUUAUUAUCCAAGCCGACAUCAGCGACUUUGAUGCGCACGAAAGGCUGCUCGACACUGCACAUAAUGCAUUCGGAAAGGUAGACAUCCUCAUCAACAACGCCGGUAUCACCCGCAUCGCCGACAUUCUUGAGGAAACACCAGAACAGUUUGACUUGAUUGUUAACACCAAUCUCAAAGCAACCCACUUUCUGACGCAACGCGUCGCAAACUACAUGGUAGCAAACGAGAUACGCGGAUGCAUCAUCUACACACUCUCGAUUUCCGAUACAGUAGCAUCCGACAACCGAACUGCCUACUGUAUUUCAAAAGCCGGAUUAGAGAUGAGUAUGCGCGCCUAUGCCGGACGAUUGGCAGCGCACGGCAUUAAAGUGAACGGCAUCGCCGCUGGUGUAAUUGAUACCGACCUAUCUCGCGUCCGUAUUCCGGAUUAUGAGGAGGCAGCGGAGAAAGGCUUACAUCUUUAUGGUCCGCUCUGGAACCCCUGA